UGAAAUCCCUAGUUUGAAAGCAACUGUUUUCUUGAAGCUGUGCCGCACCCUACAAAAGUACUGGAGAGUCUCUUUAACUUGUCUUGUCAGGUGGCGAAGACGGUGGCUCAGAGGUUGAACACAGACCCCAUGCUCCUCCAGUUCUUCAAGUCCCAGGGGUACAGAGACGGACCUGGGAAUCCUCUCAGACACAACUAUGAAGGAACUCUCCGAGAUUUGCUGCAGUUCUUCAAACCACGUCAACCCAAGAAACUCUACUACCAACAGUUGAAGAUGAAGAUCACAGACUUUGAGAACAGGAGGAGCUUUAAGUCCAUAUGGCUCAACAGCCAAUACAGAGAAGAGGAGAUCACUCUCUGCCCAGAUAAACACGGCUGUGUCAGGGACCUGCUGGAGGAAUGUAAAAAAGCUGUGGAAGCUCUCCGACAAAGGCUCAGAGAAGCUCCGACUGUUGGAGAUAGUAAGCUAUAAGAUCAUCGGGGUUCACCAGGAGGACGAGCUGUUAGAAUGUUUAUCUCCCGCCGCCAGCCGUACCUUCAGAAUAGAGGUAUGUUCCUCCUCUCCUCCUAACAU